CGCCAUUAUACUUCCAGCUUUCUCGGCGCAAUUUUUAUACACCCCUAGAUACCUUGUAUCUUUAUCCGCUGCUUUCCUUUCAAGGCCAACUCUUCAUAUCUCUUGUCUAAGACACAACCAUACAACCCACACUCUAACAACCAGAUUGCACAACGCCAUGUUCCGAAAAUUCAGAGCACCUCGCCUCCUUUCCCGUAUCAUCUCCAAUCCUCCAAUUAUAUCCAUCAACCAACGACAUUUCUCCGUCAGUUCCGUCCACACCACCUUCCCAGCAACAAUACACCGCUUACAAACACAGCGAUUAUCAUCCCUCUAUGAUCAAGUCAAUCGCAAGGAAGGCUUCGGGAAUAACUAUCUUCACAUCGCAAAAGAUGGUCUAAUCUAUCCGAUUCUAUCUGGUUCUCUUCCUUAUUCAAAUGGAGCGGUAUUUGGACCAAAUUCAAUCUCGUUGCAGGUGUUACUUCGCAAUGAAUUUGAAAUCUAUCAUGAGGGGCUCGAGGAAGGAGGGACACUGGCUGAUCUCUAUGUUAUUUCUAUUCCGGGAAAAUGCGCAUUGCCAUACAUCAAAUUUGAUUCUAUUCUAAGAUAUAGGCAUGUGGUUUUCUCGUUGCAGCUAUCCUAUCCGCUGCAUAAUAACGAAUUCAAUAAGAUACUGGACAAGUUUUAUACAGCAUCUGCAACUUUCACGGACGCGGUGGAAUGGAUGGAGGUGAACGAGUUCCAUAAGGCCUUUCCAGAUAGUAACUCAGAGAACUGGAUGCGGGAGUGA